UGAGUGUAAAGGUUACUCGAUGUGUUAAAUUUAAAAUUACACAAAUUCAACAUGGCGAUUUCCUGCGUAGGGAUAUUGAAGCGGAUCAUCACAAUCAAUAUACUUGUCGGUGUUGUAUUUUUCUUGAACUAUAAACUAACUGAAAGAGAGCGCGGCCAGACUUUAACGUACAGCUUUCAAUCUCCAGCCAUCGUUGAGAACGAUGUUGCAGACGUUGAUUAUUACCAAGACGACAACGAUGACAAAAACAGAGCUCACGCUGUAGAUAUGGUCGCACCUCCAAAGGACGACAACAAGACGAUGCUCAUUCUAAUACAAUCCUGGUGGGAGCAUGAAAAUUACAAAACUGGUUCUACUCAAUUUCAGGAGUGCGAGGAAACUCGUUGUGAUAUUACGAUGGAUAAGUCAAGAAUCCGCGAAGCAGAUGCUCUUGUGUUCUUAGGCCAAUCUUACAAUUUUGUCAAAGGAGAUAUUCCAACUUAUAGGAGACCAGAUCAGAAAUGGAUUUUUGUAACACGGGAAGCUCCAUUGCGUGGAUAUUUCGUUAAUAGUAACCACGCGGUACUACGCCACGCGAUAAACUUGACCGCCACCUAUCGAGCAGAUGCUGAUAUACAAUGGCCGUAUGGGUAUUAUCUACCACGGACCACACCAUAUAUACAGAAACCUUUACAAAGAAAAGAUCCUAAAAAUGCUAUCACUUGGUUGAUAAGUCAUUGUAGAGCAAAUUCACAAAGGAUGUCAUACAUUUUAGAUCUACAGAGAUAUAUAAACGUUGAUAUUUACGGACGAUGUGGACCAUAUGGUUGUCCAGAGACAGGCUCAUGUGUUGAGUAUUUAGCAAGCAAGUACAGCUUCUACAUCGCAUUUGAGAAUACUGAUUGUGAGGACUAUAUAACAGAGAAGGUAUGGGAGAAUGCCUUAAAUACAGGAAUGGUACCGAUCGUGCGUGGUACCAAAACAGACUUCUCCAAGUUUCUACCUCCAAAUUCUUUCAUCCAUGCUGAAUCAUUCGGUACAGCGGAAUACCUCGCUAAAUAUAUUAAAUAUUUAAUUGACACACCGUCAGAAUAUGCUAAAUAUUUUGAAUGGAAGAAGUCGUAUGAGACAUUUUUAGGUGGCCAAAUGGUGUUUCGGUGUAAUAUGUGUAAGGUCCUACAUGAAACGAGAUACGAACAAAGAAUAGCAGAUUUAGACAAAGCUUGGAAUGCAGAAAGACAGUGUUUCAAAUACCAUGCUGAGUUAGAAAAAGAAUUAGGAUUACCAUGAUCCAUAUUAACUUGGGUCUUAAAAACAAAUAGCUUAAAAAUGUUAAAAGCAGCACUAAUACUUUUCCCUAUGGGAGAACUAAAUGAAAGGGCUGAGCAUACAGACAUGUGUAACAAUUUGUAAUGAUGAUGUCAUGAACAAUAAUUUUUCAAAAUAUUAUUGAUUUCAGAAAGGCAUAUGAUGUACUUUGAUGCCAUCUGUGAUAAUUGAUACACAAUUUAUUACAACAGAUAGUAGAUAUAAUAUUAAUUGCAUUUUUAAUAUUUUGUGAAAUACCCGAUUAAGAUAACAUAUGAUUUUAUAUUAAGAUUAAUAAUAGGAAAAUUUUUAAAUGGCUUUAUACAAGGGAGAUCGACGCAACCUAUAAUGUCUAAUCGUCCUUGUAAAUGAACAUGUUUCUGAGUACAUCUUGGACACUGGAUUGGGUGGACUCCAAAUUAUGUUCUAUCAGUAAACUAAAUUACACGCUACAAACAAGUUUCUGUAUUCUCUCCAUUGAUUAUCUAAUCGUAAAUCUCUUUGAACAAUGAUACAGAGAUCCAGAUCGUGUGGUUACAAAUAACUAAUGUUUAUCUAUAUUACUCGCGCAAUAGCCUAAUAAAAAUUAAAUAUUGCUUUUCGGUUGAAUGUUCGGUCUCGAUUAUUAAACGCU